AUGCUCGGUGCAGUAAUGGCUCUUCCUCAUGGUCUCACAGCCCGUCAGGGGUCGGGCGCCCAGAGCGUCGUCUACUGGGGCCAGAAUGGCGGUGGCACCAUCGAAAACAACGACCUCUCGACUUACUGUACUGACGACUCUGGCAUCGACAUUAUUGUUCUAGCUUUCUUAUACUCGUGGGGCAGCGGGAGUGACAUACCUUCUGGCACUGUCGGCCAGUCGUGCUUUAUUAGCAACUCAGGCGAAGGACAGAACUGCGAAAACCUGUCAUCGGCUAUUAAAACAUGCCAAUCGACCGGGAUCAAGGUUAUCCUAUCCCUAGGCGGCGCUACUGCUUCAUACUCCCUUUCCUCCCAAGAACAGGCGGAAUCGAUUGGGGACUACCUCUGGCAGGCCUACGGAAAAUCAGGAAACUCGACGGUGCAGCGGCCCUUCGGCGACGUCGUGAUCGACGGUUUCGACUUCGACCUAGAAGUCAACCGGGGCAGCGAGUACUACCCGUCCAUGAUCGCGAAGCUGCGCAGCAACUUCGCGUCGGACUCCUCCUCGCGCACGUACUACAUCACGGGGGCGCCGCAGUGCCCGAUCCCGGAGCCGAACAUGGGCGUGAUCAUCGGCAACUCGACGUUCGACUACCUGUGGCCGCAGUUCUACAACAACAACAAUUACACGUACCCGUGCGCGCUGCCCGUCAACGGCAACGCGCCCUUCAACUACGACCAGUGGGUCGAGUGGACGGCCGACACACCCUCCGCCGACGCCAAGAUCUUCAUCGGCGUGCCUGCCGCGCCGCUGGCUGCGAACGGCGCGCCCACGGGCGAGACGUACUACGCUACCCCCGAGCAGCUUGCGGAUAUUGUCGAGGAUAAGAAGAGCAACCCUAGGUUUGGAGGCGUGAUGAUGUGGAGCGCUGGCUUUUCGGACUCCAAUGUAAAUAAUGGCUGCACUUACGCCCAGGAGGUCCACAGCAUCUUGGAGUCUGGUUCUCCUUGCUAA